GAGAGGGGAAAGAAAAAAAAAAAAAAAAAGGAGCGAUCGGGGCCGGGCGCGAUCGGGCAGGAGCGGAGUUGGGUGCGGGGGGGACCGGGCCGAAGCGGGGCCGCGUUCCGGGUCGCCCCGGUCCCAUCCGGCCCGAGUGCAGGCGAUUUUUGGGGCCAACGGCGGCUUUUUCCGCCCGGUUUUGGCGGCACCGCCGCGUUGCUGCUCUGCAGGUUUUUCGCGGGGGGGUGUGUGUUUUUGGACACCGGCCGGCGUCAGCGCCCGGCGGCCCUCCCUCCACCCCCCGCUCCCCAAAAAUGCCGCCGCUGAGAUUGUGACACCCCCCUCCCUUGCUGCAAAAUCGCGGGGUGCUUCUGCCCCCUCCCCCGGGCCGGCCUUCUCGGAAAGGACUUUGCAAUGCUGCGGCUCCCCAGGGGAGUGUCCCCCGCCCCGGGGAGGGGGGGCGUUGCCCUCCCGCCCCCCCCUCCUCCCCACCACCCGAAGAAGGUCAUGUCGGUGAUGGGCUCCGUGGAGAGGGGGGCUUCCAGCCUGGGCAGCCCCCCGUUACCUGCCGGUUGCUUUACCCAGGUCUACACGCCAGCGGCUGUCAGCGUCCCCGCUCCCCGGGAGGGGUGUCUCUAUGCCACCCCCCAGGGCCCCCAGCUCAGGACUCUCCGCUCGGCCUCGGCGGGACGGCUGCAGGCCAAGAGGAAGCUGGACCUGGAGGGCCCCGAAUUUCGCACGCCCAAGGGGAAGGGCAGGACGCUGGCGCACGUCCCCAGCCCCAGGACCCCCAAGUCUCCCGGGGAGAAGACUCGCUACGACACCUCGCUGGGGCUGCUCACCAAAAAAUUCAUCCGUUUGCUGAGCGAGUCGCCCGAUGGCGUCGUGGAUCUUAACCGGGCGGCCGAGGUGCUGGAGGUCCAGAAACGUCGCAUCUACGACAUCACCAACGUGCUGGAGGGCAUCCAGCUCAUCCGCAAGAAGUCCAAGAACAACAUCCAGUGGAUGGGGACGGGGAUCUUUGAGGACGUGGCGGUGACGGCGAAGCAGCAGGCGCUGCGGGGGGAGCUGGUCGAGCUGGCCAGGACGGAGAGGACGCUGGACCAGCUCCUGCAGGAUUGUGCCCUGCAGCUCCGGCAGCUAGCCGCCAACGAAGCCAACCAGAGGCUGGCGUACGUCACCUACCAGGACUUCCGCGCCAUCAGCAGCUUCCAGGAGCAGACGGUGAUCGCCGUGAAGGCUCCACCGGAGACGCAACUGGAGGUGCCAGACUUCAGCGAGGACAACCUCCAGCUCCACCUGAAGAGCACCAACGGCCCCAUCGAGGUGUACCUCUGCCCGGAGGAGAUCAUGGAGGAGACCCCCACCAAAGACCACGGCGUCCCCUCCGCCGCCACCUCCCCACGGGACCACACCAUAUCCCCUUCCCCACAGAACAGCCCCGGGCCAGCCCCACAGCCGCCCCAUGCCGUCCCCCAGAACUGGGGGGGCACGGGAACCCCUUCUUCAUCCCCAUCUCUGCCUCUCACUGUCCCGGGGGGGCCCAGCUCACUGCUGGAGGUGGAGGCUGGGCUCCUGGGCUCGCCCCCGCACCUCCUGCAGCAGACGGAGGACCAGCUGCCCUGUGCCCCCUCCCACCUGGACUCAGGACCCUUCGUCACCUUCUCGCCCCCCCUGGAACAGGACGACUAUCUCUGGGGGCUGGAGGGUGAAGGUGUCAGUGACCUCUUCGAGGCGUACGACCUGGGGGACCUGCUGAAGCACUGAGCCCCCCCUGCCCCCCCAUUGCCUUUGUCCCCACUCUGCUCACUUGUGUCCUGAGCGUGUGGGGUCUCUGCGGGCAGCUGGAGAGUGUGGGGUGGGUUGGGGAGUGCUGGGUUUUCUGAGGGUGGUGGUGGGGGGCUUAUGUCAGCCACCCUGGGUGGCUUCUCCUCACUCUUCUGUCCCAGCACUGGCCAUAAAACUGGGGGGUGCCAGUAAUGAUGCUCCCCGCCACAACCCCUCACUGCCCCGGGGCUGCUGGCAGACUGGGGGUGCCUUUGGGUGCACAGGGUGGGUUAGGGGCACCCCUGGGUGGCGGAGAACCCCCUACCUAGAAUGGGUCAUGUUGGGACGAUGUCAUGUUUGGGGACAACUCCAGUUGCUCCCCAGUUAAACUGGUUCUUCAGGGUCAUGACGGGUCAUUUCCAGUGGUGUUUCCCUGGCCACAGCUGGAAUAUCCUUAAAAAAAACGCUGAGGCGGCAAAGCUGAAGUCACCUUUGGGUGAAGAGAGGAUGAAGCUCACGUGUGGGCACUGCACCCUCCAAAAUCAGUGGCUCUGGCAAAUCCCAGAAGCCCUAUUUCCUGGGGGGCUAUGGCCUGUUUCCCCCCAGCUCCCUCCAGCUUCUUGGAGCUAUUGGUGCUGGGGAUAUCAAAACUGGAGCAUACUGGGAGGAGGGAUGCUAUCAACUGGUGGCUGGAGCAUCAUCUGCGGAGAGGGGCUUGGGAAGCAGCGCGGGAUGAGCCCUGGAUACGGCUUUUAGUUGUGCCAUUGCAAAAUAUAUGUAAUUAUUGCACUGUAUUUAUACGGGACCCCCCCCCCCCCCCUUUCGGCACGGCGCUGGAGAGGCUUGGGUUAGUAUUUUGGUUUUUACAUGAGUGUAUUUAAGUUGUCCUUCCUCGGGUUGGUUCUCUUGCGGUUUGGCUCGGAGGUGGUGUGGGUGAGAGUGUGUUUUGGCAUGGAAAAACUUGUGGCACUUGAUGUUUUCUGCCUGGGAGGGGAUGAAAUAAAAUAAA